AUCUGUACGAAUUAACGACCGGUUUUGUGCUUGCUACGGGAUAAAUUUAAUUCUUUGUCGACUUAAUAGAUCAACUUUUUUCCAAUAAAAAGUAAUUCAGUGCUGUAAUGAUUAACGACUUCAUUCAAAAAUACUUCCGUUCAUCUUUGAUUUGCAGUACAGAAGCAUAAAAAUAUAGAAAUCCCAUAGCCUGACUCACUGUCCAAUAUUAACCGUACACGGAAAGAUCAGCUGUUUAUGGAAAUAGCACUGCCGAGGUCAAAAUAUAUGCUCUAAAUGGCUUCCCAAGUUGCAAAAGUAGUUUGUCGCUGUGAGGAAGCGGCGGAAAGCAAAAAUUUGAACCUCUCCGAGUGCGAGCUGAUUCAGGUGCCGGAUGCCGUUUACCAUCUGAUGAGACACACUGAGCUGAAAACCUGCGACCUGAGCGGCAAUGUCAUCACGAAAAUUUCCCCCAAGUUUGCCGUUAAGUUCAGCUUGAUUACAGAUCUCAACCUAUCGCACAACCAGAUGGCCAAGCUGCCGGACGAGUUGGCUGACCUGCACUCGCUGGAGAUGCUGGACAUUUCGCACAACUCCUUCAUCACCCUGCCGGCGGUCGUCUUCAAGAUGGCCAAGCUGCGGGAACUGCGGGCCAACAACAACGCCAUCAUCGACAUCGACCGGGACGAGAUCAUCACCAGCGAUUCGCUUGAGCUCGUGGAUCUGCGACACAACCCCCUGACGCCGAUCUGCUACGAGCUGCUCCGGACCGCGGCCGUCAGCUUCCGGAUCGAACUGUCCGAACGGGUCCUGGAAGAUUGGGAAGACUUGACGAUUUGAGGGGUCCCUGCUCCAUGGGGUCAAGUGUGUGUAUUAGGCAAAAUUAGCUCCUACCUCUCCAGAUGGUAUGAGAGACUUUUAUAUGCCACCUAGAACGUAACUUUUUUGUAUUCGUGUUCUCUACAGGAGUAAUAUAUUAGAAUUUACUUGUAUAUCUGUCCGAUAGCACUUAAGUUAGAAGAGUGAAGUGACGGAUGCGAUUCUCAGAAGAAAAAUGUGUAAAUUAGCGAGAUGAUGAUAACGAUGACUAGCGCAUCCGGUUUUUUUUAUGCAUAUAGUGAUAUACCAAAACGACUUACUGUGUUUAAAUAUGUAAUAGUUUGUAUGAUCGUAUUGAGAACCUACCCUUAAGAGGUACACCCAGAACUCUUACGCUAGCUUGUAAGGAUUUUUGUAAAGCUCUGCCGAAAUGAAAAUGAAAAAGAUAAUUGCUUGGCUAAUGGUUUUGAUUUGUUGCGCACAGUUGAACUGAAGGGAAAUUUUUGAUCUAGUCAUAUAUUGCGAACAGAAAAUUUAAGCAAUUGAACAAAACAUAAAAACGAAAAUCAAAACAAGCUUCCACUACUGUUAGAUGGAAAGAUCAAAAUUCCUACAAACACAAUCAUAUCGAAACUCUUAAUGAACAAUUGAAAAUCAGUCGGUGCUAACAUUGAGUAUAAUUUAUGAGUGAAACUACUAAAUACAAUUCAUAUUUAGACGUGUAAGCUGGAAAGGUUAGUAAUUGGCUUGUGAAGAGAACUUUUUCCGGCAAAAGAGAAAAUUAGUUUUGCACAGGAUUUUUAGAUGGAAAUUUUGAACGACAAUAAAAUGUGUUGAUGGAUUAAUUCGCCUUUUCGGAUAUGGCUCACUGAAAGAAAACUACCAUCGUUGCGUUUUUAAUCAACGUAACAUUUUUGUAUAUUAAAUCAAAUCCUAGUUUUCACAAUUCAACGCUAGAUUAUGUACAGAUUCGGGCUAGUAAAACAAGUUAUAUAUGUAUGAGUUCAUUUAAUCCAGAUGAACCAUUUGCACACACACUGUUUGUUAUGAUAUAUUUGCUGCUUUUGCCUGCACUUUGUAAAACUUUUCAAAUAACAAGAUAGCUUAGGUUCUGUUGUAAUAACCAGUUGGUUUGUAAGCAUUUCGCCACGAGAACUACUUGGUAAAUAUUAUGGUUGUUUUUAGGUUAAGCGCUCCAGAGUAAGCGGAACGCCUUAAUGAUAUAUUAUUCUUAUGGCGACGGUUUUUUAUAAUAACUACAGCUCUAUUGUUGAUAUAAUGGUAUAAUGAUCAAUUUAACGAGAUCCUCUCUGGGCUAGGGUCAAAUCCUGAUAGAAGUUUAGAAACGAAUCAUCACUUCUGCGGGGGUUGGUGCGUCGGUUCCGGCAAAAAGAGAAAAACGAGAACCUUUGACUACAUGAAGAUAGAUCAGUAUUAGUUUAUCAAUUCUAGGGGCUCAAUCGAUUGAUAAGGUACGAUUCAGGCUUUGAUAAAAGGUUAUCCGGUCUUGGUCUUUUUUGUGGUUGCUAUUGGAUGUGGUGGUUUGUCCUUCAGAUUUAAAAAGAAAUUGAUUGAUCGCUGAUUUUUCUGUACAUAUACAGAUUUUAAUGAGUGCAAAAUUUCUAAUGAUGUGAUCAGAUAAACAAACGAAUACAUUUUGUUCUGGUCAGAAUCUAAAAUCUGGAGAUAUAAAAAAAAUAAUUUUCAUAAUAGGUGAAACAUUCAAAACAAUUAUUAAUGCAUAACUUUGGUCCCUAUCGACCGAUUUCUUUUGAAUACGGUUCAUCAGCAGACUGCACUUUCGAUAGUGGUUACAAUGAAAAAAAAUAAUAGGCUUUAUAAAAUAGGAUAACUUUUUUUUAACGGUGAUGAAGCGUCUAAAUAUUCCACGACCGUGACCGAAACACUCAAUUUGAAAUGCAUGCCAUUUUGACAAACAAUGACUGAUUUAAACUAAUUUCGAUGCGUUACAAAAUCUUUAAAUUUUCCAAAUAUUUAUAUACCUUUUCCUACGUUUUUAAAAUAAUCUUGGCUGUAGCUUUUUUUUUAAAUCGAGAAUGAAGGUUUAUUGAUCGUUUCAUUGUGCUUUGAUUCAAAAAGUUAAAGAAGUUAAAAUUGCUAAAUUUUAUAAAUUUAUAAUGUUUAAACGAAAUUUUUGCUACGAUAAUAAGGCUACCGAGCAUGCUUCGAAAUAAAAAUUAUUUGUUUCAACAACAUUUUAACAAAAAAUAUAUAAAAAUGUGCCUAUGAGUAAGUCCUAAAAUGUUUCCAAAAAUGGUUGACGUGUGUCAAAACUGUAACCGAAAAAGGAAUGAAAGUCUUGUUCCUUAACCCCUGUGGUUAUGCAAUUUUGAAAAAAAAAAUGAGUUAAACAGUUUUCCUCAACGACAAAGAUUUUUUUUCAACAAAAGUUGUUUAUAAUCAUAAAACUAAGCUUCUGUGAAUUUUCCAGCGAUGAAAAUGAGGUUAAAAAUUGAUUAUUUUCUCUUAAAGAUAUGAUGAACUUAGGAGAAGGAAAUCAAAUAAUCCAACCCUCUCAAUUUAUCCACAACCAGAUAUUUGAAAAAUUUUGCAAUCUUACGCAUCAAAAAUGGUUUGAAUCUGUCAUUAUUUGACGAAAGGGCAUGCAUUUCAAAUGUAGUGUUUCGGUCGGGGCGGUCGAACCUUUUGACGCCUAAUUAACAGUUAGCCCAACAUUGAAGCUAAUAACUUUUUCAACGUAGCUCUAAUCGAAAUACAAUCUCCUAAUGAAAUAUUUGUCUUUAUGAGGGCUUUAAGAAAAACUGUAUUAAAAAGAAAUCGACCGGAGGAAAAUUAUUGAUGAAAAACUGGUUUUUCAUGUUCCUUCCUAACAAAAUGUCUUCAAAUCCCGUACUUAUUCAAGCUCGUUGAGCGACCACUUCCCGUGAUCUGAUCUAAUCCAAAUUUGACAUUAGUUCUUGUAAAAGGCCUAGGAUCAAUUUUAGCCUGCAGCGAAUAACAUUUCACAGGUUUAAAAUUUCCAAUGCAAAUUUGGGGCAGUCUAAUGUACAGUAGACUGAGUCGAUUUGGAGUCAUUUUUGAAUUUUUCAAACCCUGGGGUCUUAAAACCUUCGUUUUGGUCCAAAACUCCUCCAUUAUUUUUUGCAGAAUUUUUAAGUACCGUUUACAUAAGUAAAUUAGAACUUUAAGGUUUGUAUGAGAAAAUUGAAUAUUUUGUACUGAAUCAACAUCAUUUUUGUUUCUCCUGUGGAACCGAACCAGCUGCUGAUUGUUUUUCUGCCAAUUUAUAAAUAUCCUUAAGGAAAUUUUCCGCUGAAUAACUUUGUUGAAGACCGUUACUUCGUAUCAUAAUAGGCAAUAAAAUUAUUAGCUGGUAAACAGGGGUAUGUAUUUUGGCAUUGAUAAAUAAUAAAUUCAAAUAACACCACUCAGUCAAUUGACUAUUAAGUCUAAUGUACAAUUAUUGAUAAACUUAUCCGGUACAACUUUGUUCGGUGUUUACUAUUGGACUCUAACUCGCGGACAUCGGCUCAGAAGGCAACUGACUUACCAACAAAGAGCUGUAUCAAAUGCCCAACAUAACUCUCAGGUUUGCUUUAAAGGAAGAAUAUAAAUCAUAAAUAUCAUGAAUUUCUCGGAAAAGAUACAACGGCUCACCGACAGGACUUGAACCCGCAAUCUCCGCUUCAGUAUAGCUGCGCAUUAGACAAUUACACCACGGUGAACGUGUUGAAAUCGACCGUCGUUAGCGUACCAGUCAAGCUCCAUGGGUCAUCAUUUUUAAGACGAAUUGUACAUCAACCAGUAGAGAUGUCAAAGAAAUUUAAGCACUCUAAUACAAAUUAACUUUAAACUACAAUAAAACGAUUUUUCAAAAACCUUUCUAAACACGCAGAAAAAACUAGUUCCAUUCAAAAAAAAGAGUCUGAUUUUAAAUCAGAAAAUUAUUCUAUUCCAACGAUCUCCAAUUUUACCCUAAAUUGUACAUUUGUAUACCACAACAUUUAUUAAAUUGAUUUGAUUUAUAUAUACUGUUAUAAAUGCAUCAUUUAACGAUAAAAAAUGAUAAAGGUAUAGUUUCUUACAAAGUGAGAUGAUUUUUGAAAGAUUUUGGUUCUCUUAAAAUUUUUUAAAAAAAUCGAGCAUUAGAUGUACAAAGUUCUACAUUUUUCGAUGCCGUUAAAAACUUUUCCCAGUAUGAGGGAUUGGCUUAAUGAUAUUAUUGAUAAACUAUAUAUUUUUUAUCAACUUAUACCAACACUGCUGGCGUAAAAAAUUUAUCGGAAAAUCGCCAAUUUUUUUUAAAUAUUUUUUUUUUAUAAUUCAGUUACCAGCCUUCCAAAAAUGCAUCAAAACGCUAAUCAAAGAUUCAUCGUCCAAAUCCCGUUUUUAUAUCCUGAAAUAUUAUUGUUUUGCAUCAAGCGUUCGUUAAUUUCGAAAUUUCAUCCAUCCAAACACAUUUUUUUAAAUGUCAACCAGAAGCAUUUUUUAUAGUAUUUUUUACACCCAAAUGUAUGCAGCACCCUUAUUCAUUUUCUUUAAAAACAUUUUUU